ACUAGACUCUUUACUGUAUUCGUUGGGUCAGCACUGCAGAGAUUAGCUUGCUACACAGACAGGGAUUCCUAAACCCGAAUCAUGCACAUCGUCAUUACAACUAAAUGGGAGUGGAGCAGAAAUUGUGCAAGAUAUGGAUAGAUUCCGUUGGUCCUAUAAAUAUUGCGCGGUCGUUGCUUCGAUUCAAGUUUCCACAAAGUCCCCCAUUCCAUUAUAAUGCUUCUCGGGGAGUCGGCUCUUUGGAACCAUCGUGGUGUGCUGAUUUCCUCACGUGUGUUUUCUGUUAAAAGUGGCGAGGCUGGGAUAAACACAGGAACAUUUGCAAACAAGAGGCAUUAGCGCGGGUACAUUUGUUUCGUUUUUUUUUUUGUGACUUGAUUUCUGAAGUCGAGGAGAAAGGUGUAACGUUAGGUAGUUGUAGUUGUGAUCCAGCAACAAAAAAACAAGCUGAAACAUGGGGAACGCAGGGAGUAUGGACCAGCAAACUGAUUUCAGGGGGCAUAACAUGCCUCUGAAGCUGCCUAUGCCGGAGCCAGGCGAAUUGGAGGAGAGAUUCGCAAUCGUUUUGAACUCUAUGAACCUUCCUCCAGACAAAGCGCGACUAUUGCGGCAGUACGACAACGAGAAGAAGUGGGAACUUAUCUGUGAUCAGGAACGAUUCCAAGUGAAGAACCCCCCCCACACAUACAUCCAGAAGCUGAGGGGCUUUCUGGACCCGGCCGCCACCAGGAAGAAAUUCAGACGGAGGGUGCAGGAGUCCACCCAGGUCCUGAGAGAACUGGAAAUUUCGUUAAGGACCAAUCACAUAGGGUGGGUGAGAGAGUUCUUAAACGAAGAAAACAAAGGCCUGGACGUACUGGUGGAGUAUCUGUCUUUUGCGCAGUACGCUGUCACGUUUGAUGGCGACAGUGUGGAGAACAACCCGGAGAAGUCGGUGGACAAGCCCUGGAGCAGAUCCAUAGAGGACCUGCAUGGGGGGAGUAACCUCCCGUCCCCCGUCAGCGGGAACAGCAUUACCCGCGCCGGGCGACACGCCACGCUACGUUGCAACGCGUUGCCGAGCCGGAGAACUCUGAAGAACUCCCGGCUGGUCUGUAAGAAGGACGACGUUCACGUCUGCAUCAUGUGCCUGCGAGCCAUCAUGAACUACCAGUACGGCUUCAACAUGGUGAUGUCCCACCCGCACGCUGUGAAUGAAAUUGCACUAAGUCUGAACAAUAAGAAUCCCAGAACCAAAGCUCUGGUGUUGGAGCUGCUGGCCGCCGUGUGUCUCGUGAGGGGGGGACACGAAAUCAUUCUCUCUGCGUUCGACAACUUCAAGGAGGUGUGUGCUGAGACGCAGCGGUUCGAGAGGCUGAUGGAACACUUCAAGGACAUGGACAACAACAUCGACUUUAUGGUGGCGUGUAUGCAGUUCAUCAACAUCGUGGUCCACUCGGUAGAGGACAUGAACUUCCGGGUUCACCUGCAGUACGACUUCACCAAGCUCUGUCUGGACACCUACCUGGAUAAGCUGAAGCACACGGAGAGUGACAAGCUGUCGGUGCAGAUCCAGGCCUACCUGGACAACGUGUUUGACGUGGGCGCCCUGCUGGAGGACGCCGAGACCAAGAACGCCGCGCUAGAGCGCGUGGAGGAGCUGGAGGAGAACAUGUCACAUAUGACGGAGAAGCUGCAGGACACGGAGAACGAGGCCAUGUCCAAGAUCGUGGAGCUGGAGAAACAGCUGAUGACGCGCAACAAGGAGCUUGACUCGAUCCGGGAGGUGUACAAGGACGCCAACUCGCAGGUGUACACGCUGCGGCGGAUGGUGAAGGAGAAGGACGAGGCCAUCCAGAGGCAGUGCAACCUGGAGAAGAAGAUCCACGAGCUGGAGAAGCAGGGCACCAUGACGAUCCAGAAGAAGGGCGACGGGGACAUCUCCAACCUGCCCUCGCCGCCCGCCCCCGGGGGCCCGCUGGUGGCUGGCGUGCCAGGGGUCUAUAACGGGGGCACGGUCAGCCCAAUGGGGUCGAAUGGGGUCCCGGGGAUGCCCGCGCCGCCCCCUCCUCCUCCCCCACCGCUUGUGCCUGGGUCGGUGCCAAAUGGGCCUUUGGCUGGUCCCACAGCUCCUCCCCCUCCCCCGCCGCCCCCUCCUCCCCCUCCUCCCCCCGGCCCCAUGGAGGUGUCUGCUCCCCUGCCCCCGCCUCCACCCCCCAUGGCCCCCCCGCUCCCGGGCUGUGGAUCCCCCACCGUCAUCUUCAAUUCAGGGUUAGCAGCCGUGAAGAUUAAAAAGCCCAUCAAGACCAAGUUCCGUUUGCCCGUGUUCAACUGGGUGGCGCUGAAGCCCAACCAAAUCAACGGCACUGUGUUCAACGAGAUCGACGAUGAGAGGAUACUGGAGGACCUGAACGUGGAUGAGUUUGAGGAGAUGUUCAAGACGAAAGCCCAGGGCCCGGCCAUCGAUUUGAUCAUGAGCAAGGCCAAGGUCAUCCAGAAGGGGCCCAACAAGGUGGCACUGCUGGACGCCAACCGGGCCAAGAACAUGGCCAUCACCCUGAGGAAAGUGGGAAAGGCCCCUGAGGAGAUCUGCAAGGCCAUCCAGCUGUUUGACCUGCGCACCCUGUCGGUGGACUACGUGGAGUGUCUGAUGCGCUUCCUGCCCACGGAGAGCGAGGUGAAGAUCAUGCGUCAGUACGAGAAGGAGAGGAAGCCCGUGGAGGCGCUGACGGACGAGGACCGCUUCAUGAUGCACUUCAGCAAGAUUGAGCGGCUCAUGCAGAAGAUGACCAUCAUGGCCUUCAUUGGCAACUUCUGCGAGAGCGUGCAGAUGCUGACGCCGCAACUCCAUGCGGUCAUCGCAGCAUCUGUGUCAAUAAAGUCCUCGCAGAAACUCAAGAAAAUUCUCGAGAUCAUCUUGGCGCUCGGAAACUACAUGAACAGCAGCAAACGGGGAGCAGUAUACGGUUUCAAGCUACAGAGUUUAGAUUUGCUACUGGACACCAAGUCGACAGACCGGAAAAUGACUCUGCUGCACUACAUAGCCAACGUGGUGAAGGAGAAGUACCAGCAGGUCAAUCUGUUCUACAACGAACUGCAUUACGUGGAGAAGGCCGCAGCAGUGUCAUUAGAGAACGUUCUGCUGGAUGUGAAGGAGCUCCAGCGGGGAAUGGACCUGACCAAGAGAGAGUACAGCAUGCACGGUCACAACACCAUGCUCAAAGACUUCAUCACACACAACGAGGGCAAGCUGAAAAAGCUGCAGGACGAAGCCAAGAUCGCGCUGGACGCCUUCGACGAGGCCGUCAAAUUCUUCGGCGAGAAUUCCAAAACGACGCCCCCGUCCGUGUUCUUCCCGGUGUUUGUGCGCUUCGUCAAGGCCUACAGGCAAGCGGAGGAGGACAACGAGCAAAGGAAGAGAGCAGAGCUUAUGAUGAUGGAGAAGCUUCUGGAGCAGGAGGCCAUGCUGGACCAGGAGGACCAGAAGUCUCCGUCCCAUAAGAACACCCGGGGCAGGAGUCAGCAGCAGGAGGUGAUAGCUGAGCUGAGGAAGAAGCAGGUGAAGGAUACGGGCAGCCGCCACGUCUACGAGGGAAAGGACGGAGCCAUCGAGGACAUCAUCACGGCCCUAAAGAAGAAUAAUAUUACUAAAUUUCCCAAUGUCCACUCGAGGGUAAGGAAUUCCUCCAAUAGCACCCCUGUGGUGGUGGAUGUGUCCCAGACCUGGCAAGCAUCUCUUUUUUACCUCCCCUUGAGUUACCUACCACUGAGGGCUUUCUCUACUUCAUACUAGACUGACUGUGUUGGUCCCCCCUCCCUACUUUUCUGUUCACCUUCCAUUUCCUAAUAAGGUUAUAGACAAAUGUUGCAUGUCUAAAAUCAAAGAAUGCAAAUUCAGUGUAAAAUUCCCUUUAUGGGAAAUGAUUUACAUUCCCCUUUUUUCCCCUGAUUGUUUAACAUGAGAAAAUGUUGCAUCUUUUUUUUUGUGGGGGGGGGGGGGGCUUGUCCAUAGCGUGUGUUUUUUAAUCGACAGUGACAGAAGGACUAGUAAAUGUGAAAAAUGUCAAAUCAAUAAGGUCUUUUUGGUUGGGACUGUUUUUGUCUUCCUUUUAGAGGAGUGAACUGAAGGGGAAUGUUUCUUUACAACUCAAGCUGCUUUGCCUGAUUGGCUGCCAACAAACAGCCUCAUCUGAAGGCCCUGGCAUGACUGACACUUCUUUUAUCCACCCUCCUCUUCCCCCCCUUCCGCCCUCCAUCCCAGAUCUUCGAAAUCAGCCUUACAGGAGAGCCGACGCGGUGAGGAGGAGCGUCAGAAGGCGCUUUGACGACCAAAACUUGCGGCCGGUCAACAACACUGAAGUUGUCAUGUGACGAGGGAACAGUGCAUGUGCUUGGAGAGGGGUGAAGGGGGGGGGAUGUAACAGCCUCUCACUCUGGACUGAAAGAGAAAUGGAUGAUGGACUGAAAGAGAUGGCUAGACUGAAAGAGAAAUAGAAGGACUGAAGGAAAGAGAGAUGGAUGGGUCUGAAAGGUCAGUCAUAGGGAACCUUAGACAAGCCAAGUGCCUGAAACGUACUUUUUAUGUGAUCAGUUUUAUUUUUUCAUUACUUCAAGCAAUGCAACUUGACCUGGCUUUAACUGUAAUUUCCUUUGAUGUGUAAAACUGGACUCGAACCUCCGUAGGGGGAAUUCCUGGAAGAGAUUUUUCCCGAAAGAAGUGUAGAAUGUACAUGUGACACGGUUCCCGUUAUGCCUCGAUCACACCUCCCAGCGUCAUUGCGUUUUGGUACACCAGAAGCACAUGCAUUUCCAAUGGAGGCGCUGCGUUUGCCUUUGCCGCGUGGCAUUUGCAGUUGCAGUGCGCUCGAGUGUCGGUGCGUACGUCGGACAAACCAAACGUACGCAUCACAUUCUAUGCGUAGACGGCUUGACAGAAACGGUAGCAGAAAGGUGAAUGUGGAACUUCUGUUGCGCACAUAUCCAGAUGAGGCCGCGUACCAUUUUGCGCAUGACACUGCAGGUGUGUUCGAGGCGUUAGUCGUUAAAGUAUUCCGCCACAGGUGAUGAAUAUGAUAUUCAAAUAUCAAGUAUCUUAUUACAUUCCUGGUGCUACUGCCAUUGCUCUUGGAAUUCCAACAAUGUGCUCGAGUGGCACUUUAAAAAACGCAUUAGCUUUUCCAUCGUUGCUAAAGGGCUAAUGGCCUUAAAGGGCACAAGUCUUAAAUUAAAGACUAUGAAGCAGUGAUCCAAAACUAAUAUGCUCAAUGAAAGUACUUAAGCAAGUAUCAGGUAGACUUCUGUACACCAACGUGUGACCACAGUUAGAGAAAUCGUAUCAGAAAUAAUAUAACUCAGAGAGGUGUGGCUCUCUCGAAAUGAGACCAGGCUAAUGUGAAUUGUGUAUAGCUAGGCCUCUAUAUUACGGUAUUAACAUCUCAUUCAUGGUGUUAACAUGGUUAGUGGACCAAGUCGUGAAUUAUUAGAGAGAACUACAGUACCAGUCAAAGGUUUGGACACACCUACUCAAUCAAGAGUUUCUGUAUUUAUUGACUAUUUUCUACAUUGUAGAAUAAUAGUGAAGGUAUCAAAACUAUUAAAUAAUACAUAUGGAAUCAUGUAGUAUCCCAAAAAAGUGUUAAAACAGAUGAAAAUAUAUUCUUCAAAGUAGACACCCUUUGCCUUGAUGACAGCUUUGCACACUCUUGGCAUUCUCUUCAGCUUCACCUGGAAUGCUUUUCCAACAGUCUUGAAGGAGUUCCCACAUAUGCUGAGUACUUGUUGGCUGCUUUUCCUUCACUCUGCGGUCCAACUCAUCCCAAACCAUCUCAAUUGGGUUGAGGUCAGGUGAUUGUGGAGGCCAGGUCAUCUGAUGCAGUACUCCAUCACUUUCCUUGGUCAAAUAGCCCUUACACAGCCUGGAGGUGUGUUUUGGGUCAUUGUCCUGUUGAAAACCAAUUGAUAGUCCCACUAAGCGCAAACGAGAUGGGAAUGGUGAAUUGCUGCAGAACGCUAUGGAAGCCAUGCUGGUUAAGCGUGCCUUGAAUUCUAAAUAAAUCACAGUGUCACCAGCAAAGCAUCCCCAAACCAUCACACCUCCUCCAUGCUUCACGGUGGGAACCACAUGCUGAGAUCAUCCGUUCACUUACUCUGCAAGUCUCCUUCUGCAGCAAUUUGACCAUGGAGACCUGAUUCACACAGUCUCCUCUGAACAGUUGAUGUUGAGAUGUGUGUGUUACUUGAACUCCGUGAAGCAUUUAUUUGGGCUGCAAUUUUUGAGGCUGGUAACGCUAAUGAACUUAUCCUCUGCAGCAGAGGUAACUCUGGUUCUUCCUUUCCUGUGGCGGUCCUCAUGAGAUCCAGUUUCACAUAGCACCUUCCUGUCUUAAAGUAAUGGUGGACUGUUGUUUUUCUUUGCUUAUUUUAACUGUUCUUGUCAUAAUAUGGACUUGGUCUUUUACCAAAUAGGGCUAUCUUCUGUAUACCACCCCUACCUUGUCACAGCACAGCUGAUUGGCUGAAACACAUUAAGAUGGAGAGAAAUUCAACAAAUUAACAAGGUACACCUGUUAAUUGAAAUGCAUUCCAGGUGACUACCUCAUGAAGCUGGUUGAGAGAAUGCCAAGAGUGUGCAAAGCUGUCAAGGCAAAGGGUGGCUACUUUGAAGAAUCUCAAAUAUAUUUUGAAUUAUUUAACACUUUUUUGGUUACAACAUGAUUGUGUUAUUUCAUAGUUUUAAUGUCUUCACUAUUAUUCCACAAUGUAGAAAAUAGUAAAACUAAAGAAAAAAAAUCCUUGAAUAAGUAGUUGUGUCCAAACUUUUGACUGGUACUGUACAUUGUCUGCUCAUGUAGACCUCAAGUGCCAUUCAAAUGCAAUGCUGUUAAGUGGAUGGUGGGGCUCUUGAGCCACAAUAGCUCUGGUCCAGGGAGUCGUUCGGUCGAAGGACCGCGAGAGCACACCCAAACGACAUCCCAGACCAGAGCUAGAGCCACAAUUGACUCAGAGCGAAUAGGAAAGGUGCUAAAACAAAGACUUAUCAGCAGAUACACUUCCAGUCAAGUGUAGUGGCUACAAGGAAGGUACUUUAGGCUACUUGAGGAGCUUGUCAUGGAAACUGGAUUCCAAGUUUCUUUUUUUACUCUGAAAACCUGCAAUCGGCUAAUGAAUCUCUAGGCAACUGUCCACUCACUUAUUGUACAUUUAAUGUAUAGUAUUUAACCACUGUAAACGGUAUCCAUUCAGUUUUGCUCAUGUGACCCACUUUGACGUGAGCAACAGUCAUUUUUUAAAAGUGUUUAGCUAGUUAUAUUUAAAAAAAAAUCAGAACAAACAAAAUACACAACAAAAAAGUUUUGUAAAUGUACAGAUAUUUUGCUACAAAAAUUGUUGCAUUGUUUUUUACUUCUUAAUCCACUCAUUACUAUAAGGUAACUAUUGUACAUAUUGUUUAAAACAAAAUGUGCAUCACCCUGUGAUACACAAUUUGAAUGUUAUUUUAACUUAUAGGUUUGUCCAUUUUGUAUAUUUAAUUAAGCCGGGGAAAAAAACAAAUCUGGGUUCACUUUAACACAACGGAUCUAUUGUGUGAAGCAGAAUGCGCCUGAGUAAAGAGGCAUUAUAUUAAUGUAUGUUCCAAAUGGUACUCUAUUCCCUAUCUAGGUUACUAUUUUUGACCCUAUGGGCCUUGGUAAAAAAAAAUAUCAAAAGUAGUGCCCUAUAUAGGGAGUCAUUUGGGCCAUAACCCAUUGACGUUCAGAGAAGCUUUCUGUGGUCUUGGGACCAUAAUUGUCCACAUUAGCAUGUGCAACAAACCACUCAUCUCUAUACUUCCUAUGUGAACUGUUGACCACUCAUCAGCUUCACUCAUUAGACUGGAUAAUAGUGGCAUGUUUAUGUUUUUUCUUCAGAAAUGUAUUUUAGGCAUUGUGUGCUUAUUACAAAAUACUUUUAAAUAACAUUUAGUUAAAGAUAGACCGAGUUCUGGACAUGAUCAAAUAUUAAACUAUUUACACUAUUAUAGCGUGUUUAUUGCGUGUGCAUCUUUAUUUCAAUUUUGUUCUUUAAAUCAUUCAUUUGGCAGACAGCUGUUCAGAUUCACUCUGGUUUUCUAUGCAUGCUCAUUGAUAUGAAAACAACAGGAGAAGUCGGUCUUGUCAUCUCCGUGUAUGUAAACUGUGGAAAUCAUUACUUGCCCGUCUGGCGGGCUUGGGGCAUCGGGCAGCAACAAAGGUUUGGAUUUGCCACUUCUGGCGGUCUUUGGCCACCGUGCCACAGUCCUGGUGAUGUUAUUGGAGCUUAAUCGAGAUUGUCCUGAGCCACGUUGUCUCGGGCACUCACUCUUACAGUAGCAAUUAUUACCUUCAGCCUGCCUAGCAUUGCAAUGAUCCACAGGAAAUGGAUACAAGGCUACUAAGCCUAGUGAACAAGAGGCACUCAUAUGUAAAGAAAAUAAUGAGCUUCGAUCUAUGGUGGCUGCUGGUGAUGGUACAUGAAGACAAACAAAUUCAUGUCAACUGUAUUUUAUUACAUUUAUAGAUCAUGCAACGAGGACUUUCACAAUUCCUCUCGUGAAAAUCUAGCGAACCAAUCCUAAAAAUACCAUAAAAAAUGUAUUUUAAAGAGUCUUGUUUCAGAGAGACAUUUACUUCAGUCUAGACGUGGACCUUUGCCAAAGAGUUCUACAUCAGUCCAAAGCAGCGGUAUGCAACGAGAUUCAGCUGCUGUGCGAUUUUUUGUCGGAGCGGAUGGUCGGAGGUCCGGAAAAUCAUAAAAAUUUGUCCACUGCAAAUUGAGCACAAGUAAGCACAA